ACCCACUGUCCAGAGUUAAAACUUAUUUGGCCGUGUUGGAGGUUUUCUUUUCACUGUUUAUCCCUGCUCAGUCCUCCUUGGGCUUCAGUUGCUUAAAAGAUGGCACCCAAACCCUGUUGCUUUCCUGAUUUGGCACCUGUGCUGAGCCUACAUCAUAGACUCUCUCUCACUUGCUUCCUGCCCUUUUCUCUGCUUGCUGAUGUGGAGUGACACCAUCAAUCAGGCCAAUAAAACAGCUCUGCUGGCCUGGGUGAAAGAAACUGGCAUCCACCUGGUACAAGUCAAUGGUCAGAGAAAGUAUGGAGGUCCCCCACCAGGCUGGGUUGGAGAUCCCCCACCAUCUGGCUCAGAGGUCUUUAUUGGAAAGCUCCCUCAAGACAUGUAUGAAAACAAACUGAUCCCUCUCUUCCAAAGUGUGGGAAAACUUUAUGAGUUCCGCCUGAUGAUGACAUUCAGUGGGCUCAACCGUGGCUUUGCUUAUGCCAAGUACAGUGAUUGCCAUAGCGCACAAGUGGCUAUUACAACUCUGAACAAUUUUGAGGUGCAGAAGGGCUGCCUCAUCAUGGUCUGCAAGAGCAUAGAGAAAUGUGAGCUCUGUAUGGAUGGCCUCCCCUCCUCAGUGAAUUUGGGGCAGCUGCAGAUGGUAUUACAAGAGGUGACCACAGGAGUUGAGAAUGUGUCACUAUAUCCCAACCCCUCCAGAAAACAGGGACGGCUUGCCGUGCUGAAAUACCAUUCUCAUCGGGCUGCUGCCAUGGCCAAGAAAACGCUAGCAGAAGGUAAUUUGGAUCUACAUGGAGAAGAAAUUCAUGUGGACUGGCUCAAACCAGAGAUGAAGCAGAAGCUCCGUAACAGCUUGGGGAAAACUUCCUCUGAAGGCUUGAAGCUUGGUUGUGAUGGUGGUGCUUCGAGCCAGAGGCCUGAUGGCCCAGUGCCUUUCCCCUUGCAUGUGCCACUCUCCAGUAUGUUGGAUUACCUCAGUGCUUUGUGCAAGAAGCAGCAGCUGGGGGAACCUGUGUAUCUGACUAAAUGUGUCCAAGUGAAUCCUGAUGGCUGGAUGAGGUUUUGGUACCAAGUGGUGAUUCCAGGCUAUCCGUCCCCUUUCAGUGGGUUUAUAUGGAUCAAGCCAGACCAGUCUGGCUUGAGUGAACAUGAAAAAGCCAAGAAUGCUGCAGCAUUUCAAGUACUCAAAACUUUAGGGUACCCACUGUUUUAGGCUGACUGCUUCUACAGAACUUCAUGCUUUCCUUUGCUGCUGCUGUGACCCUGUGGAAGCAAGUUGACAGCUUUGGUGUGUGGGCAUGUGCUGCAAGGGGCUGCUGUUUAUUUUGGACUUGUUUUGUAAGCUGGUCUUACAAGACAGGAACACAAUCAUUCUUUGAGGAGGCUAUUCCUGCCUCCUUAGUCACGUUAAGGUUUUUUUUUGUUUUGUUUUUUGUUU